AUGCAACUCCUGCUGUUCUUGCUGAAGCUGUUUCUCUUUCUGGGCAGAUGGCCCCCGACUGUACACUCUCAAAGUCAAGGUCCCCCAGAAGUAACGAUUCCCUUGAAGAUCACAGUCUCUGACAGAGGCAUAAGGUCUUCAGAAUGGAUCUCUUACAGCCUGAAGUUUGAGGGUCAGAGUCAUAUUGUUCAUAUGAAGAUCAUCAAGCACUUGAUGGCUAGGCACAUGCCAGUGUUCACCUACACAGACCAGGGAUCUCUCCGUGAGGACCAUCCUUUCAUCCAGAAUAACUGCUACUAUAAUGGCUAUAUGGAUGGAGACCCAAUGUCCCAGGUUUCCAUAAAUAGUUGUUUUGGAGGCUUUCAAGGAAUUUUACAGAAAAAUAAAACUAUAUAUAAAAUUGAGCCAAAAAUGCAAUCAACCACUUUUGAACAUCUGAUAUAUAAGGUGGAUGACAUGCACAAAGAGUUUCCAGUCAGGAUAUGUGAUUUUAAAGACAACAAUUUUCAAAAACAAAUGCAGUUAAAGGAGAAUAAUGAUUUGUCUACUUCAAAGCAGAGUGGAUACAAAGUCUGGUGGACCCAUAAGCGAUAUUUUACAGAGGGCUUUGUAGUCUCACAUGAUCUGUUUGAAUUUUUUGAACAUAAUGUCUCAGACACAAUAAGUAAAAUUUUCUACAUGAACAUAAUUAUAACUAACAUUUUUAAGGCAAUUGAUAUGAAACCUAUUAUAAUGGGAAUAGAAAUCUGGACUGAAAAAAAUUUGUUUAUUGCAUUUACUAAUUAUGAAUCCGUUUAUAAAUUCUGUGAAUGGAAGAGAAGGACUUUUACUCUACGCAUUUUCCAUAAUACUGCCUUUUUCCUUCUCCACCAUGAUCAUGGAAAGUCAUACGGCACAGCUUUCAGGAAGAAACAUUGUUCUCUGGAAGAUAACUGUUCCACUAUUAAUUACCGAUCUGAAGAUAAUCUGCACGGCAUUGCAUUUGUAAUAUCACAUCAGAUAGGCCAUAUUCUGGGUUUUGAUCAUGAUGAAUUUAAUGAUGACUAUUGUUAUUGUAAUGACGAUUUUUGUCUUAUGAAUGCACAUUCCAGACUGGCAAAUAGAAUCAGCAACUGCAGCUAUAGUAAGUUUUUUACUAUCAGAGGGGAAUGUUUCUUUGUUCCACCACCUCCACAGUAUUUCUACAAAGAGGAACGCUGUGGAAAUGGUAUGCUUGAAGAAGGAGAAGACUGUGACUGUGGCACCAUUCAGGAAUGUGAAAAUGAUCCAUGCUGUGAGGCAAACUGCACGCUUACACUUGGGGCUGUUUGUGCUUUUGGGCUUUGCUGCAAGGACUGCAAGAUUUCGCCAGCAGGUACAUUGUGUAGGGCAAAAGAAAAUGAAUGUGAUCUUCCAGAGUGGUGCAGUGGGGAAACCUCUCAGUGUCCAGAGGAUGUGUAUGUGCAGGGUGGGAUCCCAUGCAAGGGUGGUGGAUACUGUUAUGAAAAGAGAUGCAACAACCGUGAAGAACAGUGUAAACAGAUUUUUGGUGACCAGGCUAAGAGUGCAGAUCUCAGUUGUUACACAGAAACAAAUAUCCGAGGUGAUCGCUUUGGUAAUUGUGGUAUGGAGAGUGUGAGGUAUACACAGUGCCAUAUCACGGAUUCUCUGUGUGGAAGGAUUCAGUGUGAGCUUGUGGAAGAAAUUCCCUAUCUGAAAAAUCAUACUGCCUUUAUUAUAACAGAUAUUAGUGGCUUCAGCUGUUGGAGUACUGACUUCCAUGCAGGUAUGACUGAACCUGAUCUUGCUGAAGUGAAAGAUGGUACUGAAUGUGGUGAAAAUCAUUUUUGUGUUGAUAGACACUGUGUCCCUAAAUCAUACUUCACAAAACGUUGUUCACCUGUAAAAUGCAACAUGCACGGAAUUUGCAACAAUAAAAAUAACUGCCACUGCGAUCCUGCAUGGCGCCCACCUUUUUGCUAUGAUGAAGGAGUGGGAGGGAGUCUUAACAGUGGUCCAGCACCUGAAAAUAUUUCUCAUGAUCAUGAAGAAUUUUCUGAGUAUGAAGAACCAUGCCGUUCUUUGGUGGUGUGA